AUGAUUUUAUAUCAAAAUUUACAAGUGGAUAGAGGCUGUAUCUCUGAUACGUUGAUACAUUUUCCAAUCUAUGGCAGUUUUCAAUCAUAUUAACAAACUGUUUUGAUAAUCAAUUGUUAAAAAAUGUUGAUAAGACAUACCAUAGGUUUUAAUGUCAUUGAAAAUAAAUGAAUUAAGUAGCUAAUUCGUCAGCUGAUCAUCGUAUUUUUCUCUGAAUCAAACGAAAAUAUUUUCAUCGACUAAAAAUGCACGAGUUCGCUAUUGAUGUGGAUAAACCGAGUUCGUCAUUCAACAUAAUAUCGCCAGGUGUUGAAAAUAAUUCUGACAAAAGUUUAAACGACUUGAUACAACAUAAAAUCAAAGAACGAAAGCGUUUUUUUGGCAUUGAAAUUUCGCCGGCAUCAAACGGAGAUGAUUUAGACUAUAAUAAAUUUACGAGCUCACCAUUAUUUACCGCAGUAACUUGGCUAUUUGACCACAAUUUAAAAUAUGAUUCAUUGUCAUCGGCACCAGCUGUUCACCUUGGAAAAUCGGUGCAAAAAUGUUCGCCCGUACUUAUGCACUUGACUUGCUACAAACUCCAACCGGCAAUUUUGCGCGAGUUAAUUGACAUUGGAUUCAAAAAUAUCAUGGCAUUAAAGGGCGAUCCGUACGAACAAUGCGAAAAUCAACCUUGGACCUAUGCCAUCGAUUUAGUGAAAGCGAUUCGAGAAUUAAGUGCGGAUGCAACAGUUGCAGUUAGCGGGUAUCCCGAAGUUCAUAGACUGGCAACGAGUCGUGCCGACGAUUUAAAAUGGCUCAAAUUGAAAGUUGAUGCUGGUGCCAAUUUCAUAAUAACAAACACUUGUUUCUCAUACGAGAACUUGAUGGAAUUUGUACAAUCGUGCCGUGCCAUUGGCAUCACCGUACCAAUCAUACCGGGCGUUUAUGUACCCUCUUCAUAUGUCGAACUCCAUAAAAUGUGUAGCAUUUGCAAAGUUGAGGUACCGCACAGUCAAAUGGUUAUGUACGAACGGUACAAGAACGAUAGUCAACGUUUCGUAACCUAUGCCAUUGAGAAUACAGUAAACCUAUUGACACAAAUAUUCAACAACGACGAGCAUCCGAUUUACGGUGUACAAUUUUUUACACUAAAUAAAUACAAGCAUAUAUAUGAAGUUGUAGAAAAGUGUGAUUUUGCAAAUAAAUGAAAUGAUUAAUAUUAAAUAAAGACAUUUCACGUUUUA